AUGUUACGGCUAGGUGUUUUGAAAAAUGGAGGUGCUGGCAUGAAAGGCCGGUUGAAUAUGCAUCGGUUUGGUGGAGUGGCAGGAAUGAGAAUUAAAAAACGCACUGCCAAUCUCUGGAAUCAUCGGUUUUACAGCUCCAGAACGUCUCUGAUGCAAUUUUCAGGCUACAAUAAACAGGUGGUGGUGAAAUUAGUGGUUAUGACCGGAGUGACGUUGGUUUUGGGAAGCAUUUUGUUCAACUAUGCAGAGGGCUGGGACGGUGAAGAGAGGAUCGGUGAAGAGGACAGCGAAGACGAAAAAUAUGAAAAUCGGUCCCGGCCACGCAUCAAGAUUUUCAAUAAUAACUGGUUUUUUUUCUGGUACUCGACCCUUCCGUUGAAUGCCAUGUCUCGUCUUUGGGGCCAAGUGAAUUCGUUCACUUUGCCCGUAUGGCUGAGACCGUGGAGUUUCAGACUGUACGCAACUGUUUUCGGUGCAAACUUGGACGAAAUGGAGGAUCCUGUUUUGGAACACUAUCAAAACCUCUCAGAGUUUUUCUAUCGAGAAAUCAGACCAGAAACACGACCAAUUGCUCCUGGUGACAACGUUGUUGUGUGUCCCAGUGACGGGCGAGUUUUGCAACUCGGGAUCAUCGACGCUCAAACUGGAGAUAUUCAGCAAGUGAAAGGUAUGACAUACUCUGUUCGCGAGUUUCUCGGAACACAUUCCCAUCCAGAAAUGACUCGCAGCGAGUCAAAGGAUAGUCUCGAUAACGGUGAAACCAACUCAGAUGAUGAACAUAUUGAAUUUGCACGCAUUAAUAAUAUUCCCUACACCUUCAACGACAUGAUUGGCGAAACGCCAGGCGAGAACAGUUCGCAUUUGCAAAAGAUAGAGUACAAAAAUGAAGGUGACACGUCCAUACCAGAAGCAGCUCCUUCAAGACCCAAAACCAUGAAACUCUUGAGCCAACUUUCUACACAUUACAUGGAUAAAAUCAAAAGCACACAACCCAAAAAUACCAAAUUGUGUUUUGCCGUCAUAUAUUUGGCCCCAGGCGAUUACCAUCACUAUCAUUCCCCAGUGAACUGGGUUUGCAAAUUGCGUCGUCACUUCCCAGGAGAACUAUUCUCUGUUGCUCCCUACUUUCAGCGCAAUUUCCCAAAUCUAUUUGUGCUUAACGAACGCGUAGCGCUUCUAGGCCAUUGGAAACAUGGAUUCUUUAGCAUGACUCCAGUAGGUGCAACCAACGUAGGGUCCAUCAAGUUGAAUUUUGACAAGGAACUGGUCACCAAUAGUAAGCGCAAGGAGAAGAUUAAACCUCACACAUGUUACGAGGCCACCUACGAAAACACCAGCGCUAUCUUGGGCGGUGUUCCACUGGUAAAAGGUGAAGAAAUGGGCGGAUUUAUGCUGGGCAGCACUGUCGUACUAUGUUUCGAAGCACCCGACGACUUUGAGUUCGAGAUCGACGUCGGGCAGACAGUUAAAAUGGGUCAAGUCCUUGGUGAAACCAAGUAG